AUGUCCGAUUCAGAAGAAGAUUUAGGUGUUCAAUUGAAACCAUUGAAAUUUAAACGAGCAUUAAAGAAAAACACUAAUCAAAAUAUUGGAAAUAAUAAUAAUAAUAAUAAUAAUAAUAAUAAUAAUAGCAAUAAUACAUUAGAUUACAGUGAUGGUGAAGAUUUAUCAAGUGCUUUAAAUAAUGUGCAUGUGUCUACUGCGACUCCACCAUAUGAAGACUCCCCAUCAUCAGAUAUGAUCCCAUCGAAUGGUCAGGCGAACGUCGUCGAAUUGAAUCCAUUUGGUUCUUAUUCAAGUGAUAUAGGUUUGGGCAUAUCUCAGCCCCGCAAGAGUUUGGACAAUGUAUGGUCUACAAAUUCCCAUUUGGAUUCAAGGGUAAGUGUAAAUUCAGAUAUUGCUAUAAGUUCAAAUUCAAUUGAUAUAGGAGGGCGUAAAUCUGUGACAGACUUGGGAAAUGGUAAUAAUGAAGAUUCCCAAGUCUUCCAAUCCUCAAAUAUUAAUAAUAACUUAGAUUCGGACUCAGAUUCAGAUAGUGGCGGAUGGCAAACAAUGCCAGCUGUCGCUUCUUAUAACAUUUAUAACAAUAAAGGUGAGUUAGAGAUAAAACCUUAUGAUAAUAGUUUGUACAAAUCCUCUUCGACUGAUUUGUUGAAAAAUGUUAGCAAUGAGAAUGAAAAAGAAGCCGAAAAAGAUAAAAAGAAAACUGCUGCAUUCAGUUAUACAAAAGUUGGUGCAGAAGAACAAGCACAAAGAACUUAUAUCAAUAAUAAAAAAACAGAUUUCUUAUUUGAUCAUAAAACGUUAAUGAAAAUGAACAACUCAAAAGUUUCAUUGGCUUCUUCUACAAACUCAGAUGAAAAUGAUGAUUAUUAUGAUGAAUACGAAGAUGAUGUAGAAAUGAUGAAUGAUAUUAAUGCAAAUUCCCAGUUACAAGUCACUAGAAAUUUAUUAAGUGAUAAUGAAAAAAUUGCAUACGUUGGCGCUAUUAAUGUUCUAGCAAAUAAGAUGUGUGAAGAUCUAGCAUUAUUGUCCUUAUGUGUAGAUAUAAAGUCCCGUAAAAAAUUAGCUCAAAGAUUACAAUACUCUCAAAAGGAAAUUGCUGCGUGGAAGACCGACAUACUUAUCAGAUUAUAUAGACAUCUGGAUAUUAAUGAAGAGGAAAUUAAAAUGGUUGAAAAAUUAUCCUUACAUGGUAUUGAACUGGAAGAUUUGUGUAAAUGUUUGAAGACAACCCAAAAUAUCGAUAACCCUUUUGAGAAGAAAGACAAUGACGCAAACGAAGGAUCUCUUUCAAGAGAGGGCAGCCCAGUUAGCGACUUAAAAGAUAUAAAAGAAAUUAAACAAGAUGUAAAUGAAACUGUUAACGAAAAAGUUGAUCUUGAAGAUCCGAAUGAUGUGACCCUUACUGACUUAGAUAUCGCGGAAGAUAAUGAAAAGGAAUCCCAUAAUGUCCCAAACAAAAUUAUUGAACCAAAGAGUGUAGAAAAUAAACAUAGGUUAGAAGUCGAUAUUGCCUGGACUAUUAUUUGUGACCUAUUUUUAUUGUUUCUUCAAAAUUCAUCCUAUGAUUCCCGUUCUAGAUCUUUGUUAAUUAAGUUUGCCGAAGUUUUAAAUAUAUCAAAAAUGGAAAUAAAUGAAUUUGAAAAAAGAAUUACUGAUGCAUUAGAUUUAGAGCAAUCAACAGAAGAUCAAAUUUGGAAUGAGCAACAAUUGAUGAAAGAUAGAAGAAAGAAAAAUAGAAAAAAAAAAAUGGCAUAUGUUGGUCUUGCAAUGGUAGGUGGUUCGCUGGUUUUAGGUUUAAGUGGUGGUUUGCUUGCACCAGUUAUUGGUGCUGGUAUUGCUGCUGGGUUAUCAACAAUUGGUGUCACUGGUGCAGCUGGAUUUCUAACUGGUGUUGGAGGUACUGCCACAGUUGCCAUAACAAGUACUGCAAUUGGUGCAAAAAUUGGUGCGCAAGGUAUGUCCAAAAGAAUGGGUAGUGUUCGGACAUUUGAGUUUAGACCGUUGCAUAAUAAUCGUAGGUUGAAUUUAAUUUUAACUGUCUCUGGGUGGAUGAUUGGUAAUGAGGAUGAUGUCAGAUUACCUUUUUCAACAGUAGAUCCAAUCGAGGGUGAUUUAUACUCGCUUUAUUGGGAACCUGAAAUGUUGAAAUCUACUGGUCAGACAAUCGGUAUUGUUGCUAGUGAAGUAUUUACUCAAACUAUCCAACAAGUUUUGGGUGCAACUAUUUUGACUGCAUUUAUGACCUCUAUCCAAUGGCCAAUGGCGUUAUCAAAGCUGGGUUAUAUUAUUGAUAAUCCAUGGAAUGUCUCCCUUGAUCGUGCAUGGUCUGCCGGGUUGAUUCUGGCAGACACUUUGAUUUCAAGAAAUCUUGGUCAACGUCCAGUUACUUUAGUUGGUUUUUCUUUGGGAUCAAGAGUCAUUUAUUCAUGUCUAAUAGAGCUUUGUAAGCGAAAAGCAAUGGGUAUUGUUGAAAAUGCGUUCCUGUUCGGUACUCCUACUGUAAGAAAUAAGGACCACUUAGUAAUGGCAAGAUCAGUGGUUAGCGGACGAUUUGUAAAUGGAUAUUCCGACAAAGAUUGGGUUUUAGCCUAUUUGUUUAGAGCAACUGCAGGUGGUUUUAGUGCUGUUAUGGGUAUUUCGCCAAUUGAAGACAUCGAAGGCAUUGAAAAUUUUAACUGUACUGAAAUUGUUGAUGGUCAUAUGAAUUAUCGUAAAAAUAUGCCAAAAUUAUUAAAAGAAUUAGGUAUUGAUGUUACGAGUGAAGAAUUCGUGGAAAUUGAAGAAACUAUCGAUCCAGAAGAGGUUAGAAGACAAAGACAACUGGUUCGUGAUGUUGAUGCUGCACAAAGGAAGCUUCUUGAGAGGAAGAAGAGCAAUUCAUGGUUGCCAGUUUGGAUGAAGCCAAAGAAAUCAAAAUGGCAAGUUAUGUUUGAAGAAGCGGUAGAGGAAGGUAAAGACCAAACAUCGGAGUCUGACCCUUCCAUGGCUUCCAAGAAAAAGAAGGACAAUUCAUUGGUGGAUCAUAGUGCUUUAAUGAAAGAAUUGGCACGUAUAAAAUCCGAUUUGAAUAAAAAUCAAUCUGAAGAGGGUAACAAAUCUGAGGACAGAAUUUUUGACUUGAUGGAAUUAACUAAACCAGAGGCUCAAGUCUAUUUACAACCACCGUUAAGCCCAAAUAAUUUCUCCUUAUUGAACGCAGGCCGUCCAGUUCUUCCGAAGGAUGAUGAAAUCGAAGGGAAUAACAGAAAUAUUUCAUAUUCCUUUCCAGAUGAUUUAGCAUAA